CACCGGGGACCCCGGAAGUGGUCACGGAGGGGUUUGUUGUGGGCUCCUGACCCCUGCCUAGCGAUGGGUUGCGACGGAGGAACAAUCCCCAAGAGGCACGAACUGGUGAAGGGGCCGAAGAAGGUUGAGAAGGUUGACAAAGAUGCUGAAUUAGUGGCCCAGUGGAACUAUUGCACUCUAAGUCAAGAAAUACUAAGGCGGCCUAUUGUUGCUUGCGAGCUGGGCAGACUUUACAACAAAGAUGCUGUGAUUGAGUUUCUCCUGGACAAAUCUCCUGAAAAGGCUCUUGGGAAGGCUGCCUCCCACAUUAAGAGCAUUAAGAAUGUGACAGAACUGAGGCUCUCGGACAACCCCGCCUGGGAGGGGGAUAAAGGAAGCACCAAAGGUGACAAGCAUGACGACCUGCAGCGGGCCCGCUUCCUCUGUCCCGUGGUGGGCUUGGAGAUGAACGGCCGGCACAGGUUUUGCUUCCUGCGGAGCUGUGGCUGCGUGUUUUCUGAACGAGCCUUGAAAGAGAUCAAAGCGGAAGUCUGUCACACGUGUGGGGCUGCAUUCCAGGAGGACGACGUCAUUGUGCUCAAUGGCACCAAGGCCGACGUGGACAUGCUGAGAGAAAGGAUGGAGGAGAGGAGGCAGAGGGCCAAGCUGGGCAAGAAAACAAAGAAGCCCAAGGCGGCUGAGUUGGUGUCAAGGGCAGACGGGAGUGAAGAAUCCCCAGGACCAUCCAGACUUAAGACUGGGAAGCCUGAAGACACCAGCCUUGAUGCGAAGGAGAAGAAGGUCAACUCGGCUCCCAAAAACACAGCGGCGAGCGGGAGCGCCCCUGGGAAGGCGGGGAAGCCCCCGUGCGGCGGCACCAAGAGGAGCAUCGCGGACAGCGAGGGGUCGGAAGCCUACAAGUCCCUCUUCACCACCCACAGCUCCGCCAAGCGCUCCAAGGAGGAGUCGGCCCACUGGGUCACCCACACGUCCUACUGCUUCUGAGCCCGGCCGCCCGCGCCAGCGUCCCCACAGGCUGCGCCGCAGCCCGGCCCUCGGGGCGCUUCCCCUGGCGCCCCCCAGCCCCGGGGCCCACGGGCACCCUCGCCGUGAGUGGGUGGGAGACCGGCGGAGGCCCCGGGCGCCCCCUGCACAGGCACCUUGCACAGCCCAGAAAGCCGUGGGGUACACUUUGAUGCUUAAACUAAUUAAAGACUCCAAGUCCCUCACGGUGUGUGGUCAGCUCAUUCCGAUGAAAAUUCUAGCAGCUUGUGGCCGAGAGCGAGACGAAGCCA